GAGCAUCAGCAGAGCUAGAGAGAAAUCAGCAGACAUCAUCAAGUAUUAAGACAGACUUUCACCGCACGAGAAAAAAAAACUGAUGGUAAAAUCAUGUCUAACUCAAGUUCAUCUUGGGUGGACAAGGUUGCCACAUGCAUGCCCACAGUCUGUGCGGUCAUCUACUCUGUGAUAUUUAUGGUCGGGACUGUCGGAAAUGGUUUGGUCAUCUAUGUGACAGGCUGCAGAAUGAAGAAGUCAGUCAACUCAGUUUGGUUUUUCAACUUGGCCCUGGCUGACUUCAUCUUUACGUCCUUCCUGAUUUUCUUGAUCAUCUCAUCAUCUCAGGGAUACCGCUGGAAUUUCGGGGAUUUCAUGUGCAAGCUCAACAGUUUUGUUAGUGUGAUCAGCAUGUUUACCAGCAUCUUCCUACUAAUGGCCAUAAGUGUGGACCGUUGCCUGUCCGUCUGUGUGGUGGUAUGGGCACAAAACAAACGCACUGUUGUCAAGGCUCAGUUGACUGUGACCGUCAUCUGGGUAGCUGCUGCACUCUGCAGCAUCCCAUAUACCUAUUUCCGUGAAGUUAUUGUCGUUGACUUCACGGAAGUUGAGAAGAAAACCUACUGUACUUAUAAGGAAGGGACACCACUAUUGAUGCUGGAGACUUUUCGAUUAGUUGUGGGAUUCGUCAUCCCAUUUCUGGUAAUAUGUGUCUCCUAUAUGGCCAUAUUUGUUCGCGCACGGCGUCUGCAGAGGACAAGGACACAUAGAUCUUACAAAGUUAUUCUGUCAAUCAUUUUUGCAUUUUUUUUCUGUUGGUUGCCCUUCCAUAUUGUACGCUUCAUAGAGCAAAAUGUUGGAUACUCAAAGUAUAUAACUUAUAUUGGAGGUCCAGUAGUUGCGAUUCUAGCUUUCACCAACAGCUGCCUGAAUCCCUUCCUGUAUGUUUUCAUGUGUCAUGAAUUCCAGAGGAAGCUCAAACAGUCUGUUUGUUUUGUCCUGGAGAGUGCCCUAGCAGAGGACUUCUUGGUGUCCUCUCGCUCCUUGUCCUCACACCUCUCGAUUUCCCGGAGCUCACAAUCUGCUGCAUCAGUGCAGGAAAGGAGGGGGACAGACACUUCCUUGAAGUUAAUAGAUAACAAGCAACCACCCGGAGCGAAAACUCCGAGCACAGGAUGAAACUUAGCCUUUAAUAAUCGUUUUUUACUUCUAUUUCAUCUGCUAAAACUUUCAUAUUAUUUUACUGGUACAUGUAGUGAUUGUAAGUUGAUCCAAAUGUGUAUGCAAUCAGGUGGAACUGUUAGUAGAAGUGUGCUUUUGCUGCUGUAAUAUUAAAGUCAAGUGAAAAUCAAGUAUACAUUAAAAUGACCUUUUACUGUCAGAUGUGCAUGUGUUACAAAUGUUGUCAUGUUAUCUGUAUUGUCCAUUGCAGCAUUUAUAUUGCCAGUCAAUUUCCAGGGUAAUAAAUUGUUUGUCAACAUGUCA